AUAGUCAUUCAUUUUAUAAAGUGCGUUUCAAGUUCUCAGUUUAUCAUACAAAAUAGCAACUACAACAUCGUCAAUUGUUGGAGAGAAGUGAUAAAUACUUAAUUUUGCACAUAAGAAGGAAUAUAAUACGGCACGAAAAUGAAUCGUUGUGGACGUUUUAUAAAAUACUCCUUAAUAGCCACAAACUCCAUUAUCUUCUGCUACGGAAUUUUGGUAACGAUUAUAAGUAUAUGGUUCUUAAUUAGCAAAUCAUCAAUACAAGAGCUAAAGUUAGAAAAUGUAAACAAAGUAUUUUACAUUGCACUAAUCAGCGGAAUUAUUAUAAUAUUUAUCGCCGUCCUCGGAAUCGUCGGUGCACUGCAAGAAGCCAAGUGUAAGCUCUUGAUAUACAUUAUAAUAAUAUCUCUGUUCUUUGUGAUGACAAUUAUCAGUGGUAUUCUCCACUACAAAAACGAGGAUACGUCCAAAGAAAAUUUAGAAACUUUACUCCAAAAAAUGAUCGCUUACAGUGAUUAUAAAUUAUUUCACGAUAUGUGGGACUUAAUACAGUCGGCGUACCAUUGUUGCGGUAUUUAUAGCUGGAAGGACUGGGCAAUGUAUAACUUUAACGUACCAGAGAGCUGCUGUCAAGAAAAUGAACUUGGCCAGCGAUUCUACUGCAAUGCCGAUCCGUCGAACAUAAAUACCUCUGAAGUUUAUACGAUGGGUUGCAUCAACGAAAUACAAAACUUCAUGCAGCAUAAUGCAACCAUUACGCGUAGUAUUAAUAUUGUAUGCGGAUGUAUCACGUUUUGUGGAAUGAUAACUUCCAUCGCAUUUUUCUUAAAAAUCAAAAAACCAAACAACAAAAUGCAUAAACUGACGUACAAAAAAGAACAAGAAAGUAAUGAAUGCCCAAAAUAUUUAGAAGAUUCGCACAGCUUUACCAAUCGAUUGAGUUACUUGUCGCCAUAAGCGUGCUUGAUUGCAUCAUGAUUAUAAAAAAACAAAGAAGGUAAUCUAAAAAAAUGCAAUUUUGCAUCCAAAACGAGUAAAAAAUUUAUAAUUUUCGAUCGUUUUGAUCCGCAAUAAAUCCGAAAAUAACGAUUUUAAAAAUAUGAUGUCCAGGGAAAAUUUACAAAUUGAAGGAAGAAGUAUAAAUUCAUAAUCAAUGAUUGUUUUCAUAAUUAUUGCACAAAAAAAAUUAAAAAUCUCUGCAUUCUUUUUAUAUUUAAUUUGCAAAAUUAAAUAAUACUAAUUUUAAUUGCAUUUAAUCUCGUGCAAAUACAGGAAAAUAACCUUCGAAUAACUGUUAUAUAAACCUACUAGAGCGUUUCAACUUUUAUAAUUGUUACAACUUAUUACUGAACUUAAAUAAAUAACAUUUUGCACCA